UCAAAAAGUAAGGCAGACGAUCCCGGCCAUGCACUUGUCAUCAUGAUAUACCAUGGGAGGAAAGUCCAGAUAAGGGAUGACUUUCAAGAUCCCCGAGAUGACAUCAGCGUGUACCAGCAGCACUGUGGCGGGGAGAACACAUGCGUGUACCAGGGAAGGUUACUGAAAGGAGAGAGAUUCCAAUUUAUUUCCAAGCGUAAUCAUGGCUUCCCCUUCAGUCUAACGUUUUUCCUUAAUGGCAUGUUCACCGAAAGGAUAAGCACCUGUUGUGAGUAUCGACAUAAACCAGGGUAUCGGCAGGGCAAAAAAAGGAGGUAUUUCAGCGUUUGGAAAGUCCUAAGAUCUUCUCCCUGCCACAGAUGCAUUCUGGCUAAAGCAACACAAAAGGCUGCAGUUUCUGUACCUGCUGAUCAUGGUGAGGAUGGGUCGGAUGGAACCCUGUCAUCUUCGGAUGAAGAUACAGAUGAAGAGAGUGUCCAGUCUGGGCUUUAUUUCUUCAGUGAAAGAGAAGAAUUCGGAUCCAGCAUUAAAAGUAGCAGGAAGCAGUACAAUCCAGCAAUAAAGAAAAGUGGUGCCACAAAUCUUGAAGACCGGCUAUACUCAGCAUCAUCUAAAGACCAUGAAUGGAAAGGGAGGCAUGCCAAAAAUCGUCCCUAUCACCGGAAAGGGCAAUUAACAAUGAAGGAUGAAUAUGGAUGCCUAAAAAAUGGAGACCUAAAAGGAAAUAAACAGAGAGAGUCAGACAGGGUAGCAACUAACAAAGAUAAAGUCUCUUGUUCUGCUCAGGAAACUGCUAUUGAGAAAUGGAAGGAUAUAGAUGAUAAUAGCAGCUGUUUUAGCUCUGAAUCUGAUGAGGAAACUGGAGUAGACUGCCGGCUUGAAAAUAAAGCCUGGACUAUACCAACUCCUAAGAGCUCUAGUGAAGCAGAAGAGGAAGAAGAACAUGAAGAUGAAGGAGAAACAACAGUAGACACGCAAACCAAAGAAAUCAGAUCAUUCACUGAUAAGAAGCAAGAACAUUCUUACAAAAGUGUAGACUACAAUACAAGUAAUACCACAGAAACUCUAAGCAAUGAUGAAGAUAAGCACAGGUCAUCACCAUCUUCACAAGGUGAAAGGAAUGUUAUAGAGAGUAUGAAAGCACUGCCUAGACCUAAUUCUGAGAUUAGCAAUAGGUACCACAGUGAUGAAGACGAAGGGAGAAAAAGUAGAAACAUAACGCGAUUGUCCUCUGAAGAGCUCAGUGAAGAGCUGAGCAUACCUUCAGAGGACUCAGAACUGGAGAAAGAGGAGGAGAAUGUGGAUGAUGAUGAUGAUGAUGAUGAUGAUGAUGCCAGUGGUAGAGAAUAUUCUAGACAUAACACAAGCUGUCAGCCAAAUGAGCUUAAUUCCAUUGAGGAAAAUGAACCCUUAUUCACAGAUUCACAUAGUGAGAAGGAAGGAGAUGGAAGCAAAUUCAUAAAUGAUACCGAAAAUGAAGAAGAAAAAGAAACCUCAGAUGAAGAUAACAGUCCAAGACCAGUCUCCAGUGCUAGCAGCCAUAGUAACUUGGAUGAAGGCAAGCCAAAUGAUGGACAGUUGACUAAUAGAAUUCUGUCUGAACUGGACAGUGAUGAAGACAUUGAAGAGCUACUUCAGCUGUUCCGAGAACAUGCAGAUGAUGACAACUAA